AUGAAAUUUACCCUAUCAAUAUCUCUAUAUGGAAUAACACCCAAAGUUGUGCGGUGUCCAGAUGCCCAUUUGAGAAGAGUAAUAUAUGGGCUUGGCCCCUAUAUCACUGAUUACCCCAAACAAGUCCUUCUGGCUUGUAUUGUGCAAGGCUCGUGUCCCCGAUGUAUUUCAGCGCCAGAUAACUUAGAUCCAUUUACAAACAAUUUCCCUCGUGCAGACAUCCAUGAGCAUCUCUCUCCUGAUCUGUUACAUCAAAUCAUCAAAGGCACUUUUAAGGACCAUCUGGUCUUGUGGGUGGACAAAUACCUUGUUCUGACACAUGGAAAAAAAUGUGCAGAUGAAAUCUUAGAUGACAUUGAUUGUUGGUAA